AUGGAUCCACAGAGUAGUAAUGCUCGAAAUGUAGAUGAUAUUGAAUUUGAAGAUGCUGAGGUCAAUGCCGGUCAUGAUGAUGCAGAGCAAUAUAGGAAUCCGACAUCAGACAACCACGUUCAGUUAGAUGAUCAGACCAAGCAAGCAUAUGUUUUUUAUCAGACCUAUGACAAGAAGGCAGGGUUCUCUGCUCGAAAAAGAGGUGAACAUCAUGUUGAUGGUGUUAUCAAGACUAAAUACUUUGUGUAUUCAAAGGAGGGGCAUAAACCACAGGAAUUCGAUGAUCCUUAUAGGAAGUUGUCUAAGCCAUAUAAACAUAGGAACAGACCGACUAUUCGAACCGGCUGUAAAGCCCAAAUUAAGCUUUGUUCGACCGAUGGGGUGUUGUAUAAGGUUGAUAAGUUUGUUCAGUCGCAUAAUCAUUCAUUCGUUUGCCCCAAAGAUAUGCAUUUAUUACCAGCUUAUAGACAUCUUUCCGAGACACAAUAA